GCACUAAUUUAGUAACGGGCCAUGGCUCAGUUCUGGUUUCUGUUUCCCUGUUUUAUCGUAGCUAGCGCCUAUAAACCUGUCGUUCUGGUACACGGGAUUAUGGACAAUGCAGAGUCUAUGGAGGGCAUGAAGCAGUUCAUUGUCGAAGCUCAUCCAGGCACAAACGUCACACUUGUUAACCUCUUCAGCGAUCUACUCAGUCUGACUGACAUGUGGGACCAAGUCGCCGGCUUUGGAGACACUAUCAGAGAUGUGAUGGCUAACUCCCCGGAUGGGAUCCACUUGUUGUGUUUUAGUCAAGGAGGUCUCUCGUGUCGCGGUGUGCUGCAAAGUACACCGAAUCACACCGUGGACACGUUUGUAUCUCUCUCGUCGCCUCAGGCGGGGCAGUAUGGAGACACCGACUAUAUCAAAUUUCUUCCUACUUUUCUUAAAGAAGAGUUGUACAGGUUGUUUUAUACUCCUGAUGGGCAAAAGAUAUCUGUUGGUAACUACUGGAAUGAUCCUCUUCACCAUGAUUUGUACUUGAAGGAAAACGUAUUUCUUCCAUUGCUGAACAAUGAAAUUAACAGCUCGUACAGUGCAGUUAACAAAAGCGGGAUUGUUCGUUUGAAAAAGUUGGUCACUAUUGGUGGUCCAGAUGAUGGUGUUAUUACCCCCUGGCAGUCAAGUCACUUUGCAUUCUACAAGACAGGCAGCUCAACAGAAAUCGUGGAGACCAGAGACCAGGAAGGUUAUCAAAAUGAUGCAAUAGGACUGAAGACGUUGGAUGAGCGUGGCGACUUUAUCGUGUACAACAUAACCGGUGUCCAACAUAUAUACUGGCAUCGCAAUAGGACUGUGUUUGAUUGCUGUAUUGAAAAGUGGCUUACGUGACCUGUCACGAAUGGUGGACUCGGUUAUUGUCGAACCAAUAGGAGAUAAUGGUAGGAUUAUUGCAUGUAGAUUUUAGAAUAGUUUUGCUAGUGCAUUGUUGAUUUUAUUGGCUUACUUGAUGUGUGCUAGUUUAACUAAAACUAGCUUUAAGUGUUUGUAAAUCAAAAAAUCUAAUAACGACUGUGUUGGA